UUGACUGCAAGUCUCGAAUUGGAGGCUGGCUUGACACCAGUAAUCCAGACCUGCGCAGCUCGCUGAGUGAAAACAACCGACAGUAUCAACAAGCAGAGGACACAAAGUCCUUCUGAGGAGCGGGACUUUUAUAUUUAUAUCCGUUAACCUCUGACAACAAACGGGACAAGUUCACCUAAGGGAGACAGCAGUUCCCUGUAAUUGUACGUUAAUGGAGCGGUACGGUAACCUUGAUUUGGACCUGGAGUGUGACGGAGGAGCUGUCUCUCAAAAAGCCUCAUUAUUCAGUGGGAUAUUCAAAAAAUCCUCCAAGUCUAAAGAACUGCUUCCAUCUGCACAGGCUGCCUUGACAUUACAAAAUCCUGAACUGUCUGCCAGCAAUGACAGUUUAACCAGCAAGUCAAAGGAUAAAUCAGGUGAGCUGGGUGGAUUACGGAAACUAUCUCCCAAACCAAGACAUGUGCGGAGGCCUUCGCAGGAUCUAAAGGCCAUCUCAGCCAGUAAUGACAAUCUGUCUGAGGACACCAAUGCAAAGGAGGAUUUGUCCACAACCGUUAAGAUCUUAGGCAGCAACGACAAUCUGCCAGUGAACAGCAACACUAAGGAGACAGGUGGGAUGUUUAGCAGUAUGUUUAAAAAAUCCCCACACCCUCAGGAGGAUUCUGCUGCACCAGAUGAUCUCUCUGGCAGCAAUGACAAGAACCACCCAAAGGAUGAUUUGUCUGUCGAUGAUGAACUCCUUGCUGGUAAUGACAGUGCCGUGGAGAAGUCUUCAAAAGGUGGCGUUGCAAAGGUCUUGAGGAGUCCCUUCACCUCCUCCUCUCAGGAUAAGGAAAAGACUGACCACUCAGGAGACUCACAGGAGAACAGUUCUGCCACAGGGAAGCCCAAAACCAAGGAGGAGAAAAGCUCCAACAACGAUGACGAGAAGAAAGUGGACCAUGGAGAUAACCAGCCCACUCAAAAACAGAAUAAACUGGCUGGGGGAAUGACAAAGCUGAAUCCAUUUCGAUAUGCAAACAAAAAUGAAAAGGAGGCAGGCUCAAUAGAAGAAGAUUUAACUGUCAGCAACAAGAAGUCAUCAGGCCAUAAGCAGAAUGCCGUGGUUGGAGCCAUGUCCAAACUGAUAUCUUUCCGCCAAAAAAAAGACACAGAAGAUGCAGAAACACUCAAGGAGAAUGAAAAAGAAGUGGGAGAAAAAUCAAAACCAGAGGUGAAGGGGACGUCGUCACAUGACAAAGUAAAACCAAGAAGUGAGGAUAACAACGAAGGCAAAGACAUGACCUCCAGAGAGAAGAAAGAAAAACCUGCUAAGCCUCCUGCAGUUCCUGCCCGACCAUCAGAAGAGGAGCUGAACAGAAUAAUUGGACACAGUCGACAAGAACAGAACAACCAACAGGCUGCAUCGGAUGAUGUGGGGCUGAAUGCAGAUGAGGAAUCUGCAUCCAAGGAGGAAAAGAAUAAAGAAGAGGUUAAGGAAAAAAUGGAGACCAACGUCAAGAAAAAAAAGAGGCACAACCCGUUCAUGCCUGAUGUAAAGGCCAAAGUGAUACAGAGACGUGCACAAGAAACAGCCCAAGCAGAGAGUGAAGGUGCGAACAGGUCUGUGUUUGACCAGCUAGAGGACUACCGUAUUGGCACUGCCUCAGCUGAACAUAGUAAUGAUGUGGAUCUUAUGGAAUGGUGGGAAACUGUGGAGCAAUGGAAAGACCCACCUCAACAUAAAGACAUGACAGAAAAAGAAGAGGCCAAGGCCUUUGCUUUGACCGCUGAGAAGCUGCAGAAGGGCAUCAGAGUCUUCAACAAACUGUUCACGGACCGGGCAGAGAGCCUCUGGCAGCAUGUCAUCGACCUCAACGGCAUCGCUGAUGGGCUCGACAAGUUCAGCAAGAACACAAAGAUCGCUCAAAUCACAGGCGGCUCCACCAGCGCCGUUGGGGGCGUCGCCACUGUUGCUGGCCUCGCCCUGGCUCCCUUCACCAUGGGAACUUCCUUGAUUGUGACUGCAGUGGGACUGGGCAUUGCUGCGGCAGGCGGUCUGACAUCAGCAGGUGCUGGCAUCUCCAACCAGGUCAACAACACCAUGGACCGUAAGAAGGUGGAGAAGAUCGUGCAGGACUACCAGGAGAAGAUGGAAGACAUCAACAAGUGCCUGACAUUCAUCAAACAGGGUAUUGAGAACCUGCGCAGGUUCGAUCUGAUCAAGAUGAAGAAUAGCGCAUACAAUCAGGACUUUCCUUCACUUACUAGCAAAUUCUAUGAAGAUGGCGCCAUGGCAGGAAAGGCGAUCCUCGUCAAUGCCAAUGAGAUCAUGCGUUUUGUCCAGUUUGCCCAUGUAGCAGGUAGCACCGCAGCCAGAGCAGUCCAGAUUGCUAGUAUGGCAACCGGUGUGCUUACUGGACUCUUUGUAGUUAUGGAUAUCUACUUUGUGUCCAAAGACUCAAAAGAACUCAAGAAAGGGGCAAAAUCAGAGUUUGCUGCCAAAAUCAGGGAGGUGGCGCAACAGCUGCACGAUGGUCUGGUGGAGCUGAACUCAAUACAUCAAGAGCUGCAGUUCAACUCACCAGAAAAAGACUCUGAGAAGACCACCAAAGAUCUGGACAGUGAAAAAAAAGAGAAAGACAACAAAGAAAAGAAGGAGAAGGAUGGAAAAGAUUUGAACAGUGAAAAGAAGGACAAUGACAGCUCAGACGAAGAUGAAAUCGACCGCAUUAAAAAAGCCAUCAAAAAGGACCUUGAGAACAGAGAAUAUGUUUGACACAUAACUAGGAAGUUCUUUCAGCUUUGCUUCCGAGUUAAGGGUUAAAGGAAAACUCAGUCAGAUUCCCAAAAGACAAGCAAAUGUUUUGUAUUUUACUAUCUAUGAGGUGGUUGGUGCCAGAUUUUUUUUUAAGUAAAAUUGCAAUCAGGCGUAUUUUAAUUGUCCAAAAGGAGCCCUUAAAGGUUAAAAUAUUAAGUUAAAUAUCUAAACCUGAAAUAAAGGAUCCGACUUCUUUAAAGAUGCAUUUGCCUUGAUGAUAUUGGUGUGUUUCAGAUAACAUCAAGAAUGGCUGAUUAGUUUUGUAUAUUUUAAUGAAAAGAGCAAAUUUAAAAAAAGGUAACUGGAUUUUGUACUGCUGCAGCAGCUGUUUGGAAACCCUAGUUUGGACUUUGCUUAAGUUUAUAGCUUGUUUCCAUCUAGUGGGUCAUUCCAUAAAAAAUGGCUGCCCCAUUUACCUUCAGGAAUGACUUAGCUGCUCGCAGUGUUUUAAAACAGUCGAACCUCUGUAGAGCUAGAAGCUACUGAGCGUGUACACAGGGACUUACAAUCUAUAACAUGACUUCCAAAGAGAACAAUUUUAGAGGUUGUGGUGUUAUGUUAACUGCCUUUUGCAAAUGUGUUGCAGUUACCGUAUUUUUCGGACUAUAAGGCGCACUUAAAAUCCUUUAAUUUUCUCAAAAAUGCGCCUUAUAAUCUGGUGCGCCUUAUGUAUGAAUUCUGGUUGAUCUUACUGAUCUCGAACCGAAUUUAUGUGGUACACGACGCUCAAAAAUGUGUCAAGAAAUGUUUUGGUACGACUUUGCUAAGCUACAAAGCCCCACCGCUUGAUGGAUUGUCGGAGCAUUAUGGCUACCGUAGUCAGGAGCCUCGCGGAGUGAUACGUACUGUGCUUCAACAUAAUAUUGCCGUAUUGUGUGUGUGUAUAAGGAUUUCAAACUCAAGGCUACCAGUCACGCAGUACAACAUGGGAAUAGAGCAUCUGCAAGAGAAUUCAACAUUAAUGAAUCAAUAGUAGGGAAGUGGAGGAAGCAAGAAG